GUGUUGUAUGUGACGACGGAUGAUAGUUUUAUUAUUGAUAUAAAUCUUCAGAAUGAGUGCAUUAACGGACGACGUAUACAGAUUAUUCGAUGGCGUCACAGAGGAAGUAUCCCAGAACAUCCGUCACCUGAUGCAGCAGUUAUGGCUAAACUGGUCCCACGUCGGUGUGGAGUACGACGUGAAGGUCAACAACAUAUACAAGCUGGUGCAGAUUGAGAAGGACCUUCACAGUGAUGUGUUGGAUGAAACUAAACAGCAACUUAAGACCAUGCAACAGCAAGUUGAAGAAUUAAAAGAAGAGACCAAGAAGUUGAGCCAGUACCUGUCUGUAGACAUCAGUAUUUUAGAGUACAAAGAGGACAUGAUGCUGUUUGAGUAUAAGAAAGAGUUGGAAGACCAGAUUACAGGAUACAGAGAACAAAUGGAGCAGAGGCGCACAGAAAUCAACCGGCUGCUGGAAUGGCAGCACGAUCUCACCGAGAAACUCGGAGUCACCUUCCAUGAGCUGCAAGACAUCCCGCUUCCGCCCCAAGACGAGUUGGACAAGUUGAGGAACCAUCUUGAAGUGCUGCAGUCAGAGAGAGACAAGCGAGCUGAGAUAUUCCUACACACGCAGAUUGAAAUUAAGGAUAUCAUGGAGAAACUCCAAAUCAGACCACAGAGCAAGUUCGAGCAUGUGGUGGUCAGCUCCCCGUCUGUGGACUUCAAGGUGACAGAUCUGAACAUGGACCGCCUGGCCAAACUGCGGCAGGACUUGCAGGAAAAGUACGACCAGACCAACAACCGGGUAUUAGAGCUACGCGAGCGUCUGUCCAAACUAUGGGAGUGCCUGGACGAGGACCAGAUAUACAGAGACAACUUCCUGCAAGCGCACCCCGGCUGCCAUCCUGCCACCGAAGCUGCCAUCAAGGAGGAGAUCAAACGAUGCGAGCAGAUCAAGAGGCAGAAGAUUCAGGUGUUUGUAGCCAACAUGCGUACAAAGAUCAAGCUAAUGUGGGAUAACAUCAUGUACUCGAGUCGGCAGCGAGAAGAGUUCGUCCACUACUUACAUGACAUCUUCACUGAAGACAACCUCACACUGCAUGAGAUGUAUCUGGAUAAAAUUACUAAAUACUACAAUGAACACAAGCACAUUUUCGAGCUGGUGGUGACUCGCAAGAACCUCUGGUUGAAGCAAGCCGAGCUGGACGCGCGCGCCUCCGAUCCCGGCCGCUACCACAACCGAGGGGGGAAUCUGCUGAGGGAGGAAAAGGAGAGAAAAGCUAUUGAACAGAAUCUCCCGAAAAUUGAGGCCCAAAUUCGUGAAACAGUAACAGAGUACGAGGCAAGGACUGGCAGCAUAUUCACCGUGGACGGUGUACCUCUUCUACAGCUCAUCGAGGACGAAAAGGAGUCGAGAAAAGCUGAGCGCCACAACAAACUGUCAGCACGCAAACAGGCACUAACGCCCACCAACAGCAACGCGCUGUUCCGCUCGCUCGCGACGUCCCCGCGCGGCAAACGCAACCGCACCGCUGCGCAGCUCGCCCUUACCGCUGAGAAGAACAGGCCGCCGUCGAAGCGCCAACUCAUCACGGGCAGCGCCACCAAAGCUGUGUCGGCGCUCACACACAACCUGUCUGCGUUGAAGAGGUCCGCCAUUUCUACUGUUAAAAGGCGAGUCAGCGGCCGACUAGCCACGAAAGCCAUCGUUGCGAAGGCGGAGAACCACGGCGCCACCGUAAAGAGGAAGCUGGACUACAGAGCGGACGCCCCGAAGAUGCCCAAAGCGAACGGCAGCAUCCUCAAGCAUAAGCGAUCGUCCGUCGGCGCGCGGCGCAGCGCCGGCCACCGCUCCGCCGGCCGCACCGCGGCGUCUUCAGAGGCCACCAAGAACCCGCUCAUGGAGACCACACAGCUCACUACAUACACUGAUUUCAAGGAAGGCAUCGACGAGAAGAAAAUAAGCCGUAGCUCCGGGGUCUCGAAGCCCCCGGACAGCAUCCCCAUGAUCGUGUGCGACGCCAUCGAGGAGCACAACUCCCCCUAUCAAAAAAAAAGCCCAACCAAAUCGGCGGCCAUGACCCCGAAAACCGGCAAGGAAAAUAGACAGCACGCCGUACAUCUAACACCUAAGACUAAAGACUACGAUCCAAAACACAAACAGGUCUUGUUACAAUCGCCUUUUGUUUAAUAUACCAUCCUUUAAGCCAGGUUUAGACGAGCAAUUAAAUUUGCAGAAGUUGACUUCCACGAGUGACUUGCGUCGUGUAAACAGCUAACUUCUGUAUUUUUUCAACUUCCGCUAGCUUGCUGCAAGCUCUGCGUGUAAACAUCAAAAAAUAGACUCGGCAAGUAACUUCUGCAAUUAUCGUACUUUGAUCAACUUGCACGUUUAGACGAGCAAUAAAACUUGCAGAACAAUACUUUUGCAAUGUAAUGUCCAUGUGUAAACAGUCGCCGCAAGUUGACUUCUUGCAAGUUUUACAACUUGCAACACUUGCCGCAAGUACAACGUGUAAACACAUUUUAGAUAUCCCUGCAAUAACUUCUGUGUUUAUUUUGUCGACGGAAUAAAGUUUUCUUGCUGGCAUGUCGGAUAGAAAAGUUUAGACACUUUAGACCCGUGACAAAGUCAUCAAAUUGAUAUCGCACUAUUGGUAUCACACAACAUGGAGAAUUAUGGGACACAAAGUGUAAAAAUUAUCGAAACAAAAUUAGGAAAAACAACAGCUUUGGCUAAUCUAGCCGUAGAAUUCAAUACUACGGAUAUUGAAAUUAACAAAAAGUUUUUCAAAUUUGAAAACGCAAUUUGAUCAAGAAUUAAAGAAAAAGGAACAACGUAAAAGCGGUCAAGGGUCAAAUGAAGUGUACACAAGCAAAUUGGAAUAAAAAAAAUACUAAUGGGCAACAUACACAUUCUGCGACUGAAAACUCCAUGGUAACUUACAAUGAGGGUUCAUAUGCAUUUUAAUUGAAUUGUCAAGUUUUGAAGCUACUUUAUUAACUACUUAACUACGUAAUUCACUUCAUAUGGGUAGGUACUUAUUUAAUUAAAUUUAUUGAUUAUGUUAAAACAUUUAUUGUUACCCAUAAAUAGUUUAAUAAAACUGUUUAGGGACGUGUUAUUGUUUGUAUGUUGGUAUUUUGUUUUUCAAUACUUGGUUUUAACAGUUUCAAGCAAAAAAUUAAGGUUUUCUUCGCUCAUUUUUACAAUUUUUUUAUACCGUGAAGGUUCUUCUUUUCGUAGUUCGAUUAAUAAAUUGCGUUGUAUUCCUAUAACAUACAUACAAUCACGCCUGUAUCCCAUAAAGGGGUAGGCAGAGCACAUGAAACUACUAAAGCUUCAGGGCCACUCUUGGCAAAUAAGGGGUUAAAAGAAAACGAAACUGUGGCAUCCUAUAACAUCUCGUCUUAAAAUCCAAUCUUUUACCCCCUUCCGAUUCUUCCGUGUUUUCUUCCCCACUACUAUUAAAAUCGCCGCAGAAUCGCAGAUGCACGCAUUUUACUAUGAGCGGGCAUUUUUAAUUUGUAAAUACUUGUGGUAUAAUCGCCAACACACUUGUCCCAUUUAAACACGUAUGCAAGAACUUGCCAGGAAGAUCUUGCUAAUAACUUCUAAAAGAGACUUGCGACAGAAAAAUUGCAGGUAGUCUAAACAGACCAACGAUUUGAUGCAACAAAAGUUGCCACAAGUUAUUGCUAAUAUAAACAGUCCUGCAAAAUCUUCCAGCAAGAACUUGCUUGUCAGCUUGCAGAUGUAACUUGUGCUACAAAAAUUGCAUGUAGUGUAAACAAAAACGCAAGUUAUUGCUCAAUUUAUUGCAGCAAGAACUUGCUCGUCUAAACCUGGCUUUAGAUAAAACACUUACGAAGUAGCAGUGUAUUUAUUGAAAAA